UGUGGAUUUCUCUCAGGGCUACAAGACACCUGAUUUUGUCGCAACAAGUGGACUCUAUGCAGCAAUGCCUCGCGACAUCCUGAUGGUUGUUGGGAAUGAGAUUAUUGAGGCACCAAUGGCCUGGCGCUCCCGGUUCUUUGAGUACAGGGCCUACAGGUCUCUUUUAAAGGAAUAUUUUAAGUGUGGAGCGAAGUGGACAACUGCACCUAAACCACUGAUGAAUGAUGAACUCUACAACAGCUCUUUUUCCAUGAAAGAUUCCUCUGGACCAUUCGUUACCACGGAAUAUGAGCCUUGUUUUGAUGCCGCUCACUUCAUGCGAGCUGGAAAAGAUUUGUUUGUUCAAAGAAGCCAUUGGAUGAAACGCCAUCUUGGAGAAAAGUACAAUAUUCACGUUCUCAGUUUUGAUGAUCAGAAUCCAAUGCACAUCGAUGCAACCUUCACCCCGAUAGGACCAGGCCUGGUCAUAGUCAAUCCAAUAAGACCUUGCCACCAACUUAGUAUGUUUCAAAAGGCUGGAUGGAAGAUGGUAGAAGCUCCUGAGCCGGUGAAGCCUGAUGUACGACCAUUGUGGAUGGGUUCCAAGUGGCUCUCAAUGAAUGUCCUCAUGCUGGAUCCAAAGAGAGUUCUGGUUUCAUCCAUAGAGAUCCCCACUCAGAAGAUGUUCGAGAAACUAGGAAUCAAGUGCAUCAAGGUCUCUGCAACCACUUUUAAAUUGAUAUUAGCCAUGCUAACUCACUUGGAGGGGGUUUCCACUGUUACACAACUGAUGUCCGCCGCAGAGGAAAUCUUGAGUCCUACUUCUGACACACUCUCUGCAAACAUUAGUAUUGUUAGGGGCCGCGUGCAUUUGCGCGUCCACGCAGGUGCGCGCGAUCCCAAAGAGAAUUACAACAAAUUAGCGCCCUACGCGCAGUGUACAUACAAUCGUCGACAUAGCUACACCAGAACAGUAAAAUACUUGCCAAAGUUCUCAAUGGGUACUGAGUCACUUCGCCUAUGUCAGUGUCUGCCAUGCGGCGGUUGGGUCAGGAGUAACACUGCAGCACAGACGGUCGACAGGGAACUGAAGCACGUCCUGGAUAAUGGCGUUAAAGAAGAAAGAGACGGUGAAAGUCGGUGGGAGACGUUGAGGAGGGUUCUUGUGGCUGCUCUACUUAGCACAGUUUUGUUUAUCGUAUCAUGUGCGUAUUCCAUUGUCGGAUCCUUCUUUCCAAUUGAGGCAAAGGAGAAGGGCAGCAAUUCACUUACUACUGCUAUAAUUAUUGGAGCCUCUCCACUCUGUUUGGCAAUCCUUACUCCAUUCAUUGGAUACUUUCUUCCAAAGUUAGGCAUAAAGGCAACACUGAUAUCUGGACAAGCGUUGGUGGUGGGAGCAUUUGUUCUGAUGGGGUUUCUGGGCUACAUGCCGUCAGCCACAUGGUUUGUAACGUUUGGCAUACUGAUGAGACUAACAGAGGGAGUAGGCUGGGCUAUGGCAGCCACGACUAGUUACGCUCUCCUACCAUCCCUCUUCCCCAUCUCGUGUUGCCACACUCAAUGGAAUACUAUUCUUUGGAAGUGGACUGGGGUUUACUUUGGGUCCACCAAUUGGAAGUUUACUUGUCGUGCUACCACAGGCAGCCGGUAUGGUGCCCCAUUCUGGGGAUUGUGGGAGGAGUCUCUCUCACUCUGUUCCUCUCACCUGCUUCCUUGUGAAAGAAACAGCUCGCCUACUCAAGUCCUCCUUCCACUUUUGAUAGUCUUCAAGCUCCACAGUCACCUCAGCUUUCUAAUGACCCAAAUCUGUAACAUGGUUUCAUCUGGUACCCUUACAUUUAUGGAUGCAGCUCUUGCAGUCUACUUGCAUGCAGAGGUUGGCCUGAACCUGCUGAGAUAGGUACAUACUUUGCAGUACUGUCGGUAACGUAUGUGCUGGGCUCAGUUCCAGCUGGCUUGCUGUCUGACAAGUUUGGGACAAGAAACAUUAUAAUAACUGGGAUGUUUGUGGACGGAACUUCACUCAUUCUGCUGGGAAUAAGUCCAUUGAUCCCAUUACCUCGCCGUUGGACAAACCUGUUUACUCUGGCACUGAUAGGAUUUGGAGCAGCUGUAGGUCAUGUGCCCGCGUACUCUGACCCUCUUUCAGCAAGCACAGAAAUUUUAUCCUAAAGUAGAAGAAGAAGCAAUCAUCAGUGCUGUGUCUGGCGUCACAGCCUUUUCCCAGGCAUUUGGGGGAUUUAUUGGAGCUAUUCUUGGAGGAUUUAUCACUUAUUUCAUCAGUUUUCCCAAAGCAGUCCUGAUACUCGGUGAAGCGGUGACAGCACAUGCCUUCCUUGUUCUGGGGGUGACUCUCAUAGAUACCACAUGCUUAACAAUUAACAAGCAAUAACCAAUUCCCCACAGUAUAGUUUGGUUUUACACUGCUCUUUCAAUUAUUAAGAGAAUUGGUGUUCCAAAUACGUGGGAUCGACAUACACGAUCACAUUAUAGAGCAAGGGUUUGCAGCCCUUCUGAACUAUACUCAUUUUUUUAUAUCCAACUACCAACAUGCUAUUAUUGUCAAGAUACAUGUGCAUACCAUCAAUCACAAACCAAGUCUAUUUCAUAUUCA